CUCGGUCUCCAUAGCGACCCCUAAAGGUCAGACUCAGAAUGAGGCUCUCCUCCCUUUUUAAUCUUUGCUACCGAUACACCGACUGUUCCCGUUUACAAGCUCGUAAAGAGUGUCUGUUGUUUUGCGUGGAUCGACGAACCCACAUACAAUGCUGAAAAUAUCAAUUUUGAAGGUUGAGAACCCGUCCUGCCUCUGGGGUCGGGUCGUCCGGGGUCCCGGCGGUGAGGAAGAGACCGCCGAGCAGUACGACAAUCUGCUGGCUCAGAUGAACCUCUUCUACCAUGACGUCACCCAGGACCUGCGAAAGUUGAAGCCCACGUCGUUAGAUGAGGGACAGGUGUGUGUGGUGUACUGGUCAGUGAUGAAGUCGUGGUGUCGGGCCGUGGUGGAGUCGAUCAUCAUGGACUCGGUGUCCUGUCAGGCUCGCUGCCUUCUGGUCGACUACGGAGAACGGCUCGUUGUUCCCUCAGACCAAAUUCGAGUCGCCGUGCGGAACUUCCUCCAGCUGCCCUUCUGGGUGAAGAGGUUCCACCUGGCGGGAAUCAAACCAACAACCCUGCGAGUGUCUGUGUAUGAGGAGAAGGCAGAGCUCAUUCCCUCCAGUCAGUGGGACAGCUCUGCUACGCUUUACCUACAUAACCUGCUGCAAGCGUCGACACGGACAGAGGCCGUGUUGCUUGAAUCUGGUUCGGACUCCAUCUCCAUCGAGCUCUACCUGACGGUCGGGAACAUCAAGAUCUGUGUGAACGACGAUCUGGUGGCCAAGAAGUUUGCGUAUUAUGGCAGAGAGUCAGCCGACAGCAGCGGGCUGGACGAGGUGGACCGAUAUCCCGUCAUGUUGUCCUCCAGCAUCUUAAGUCAGACUGUCUCCACGACUUCAGUCAAGCUGCCAGCGCAAAGCCCACCACGUCCUGUGACGCCAGAGAGUGCUGCAGUCGGAGCAGGUGAUUGGCUGACGGCUCCCUCUACACCGCAGAGCCCACAACAUGAGCUGAGGACCUGUGAGGGAGGCAGCGGGUCAAAGGUCACAGAGGGACAACAGUCUCCAGGCAGCCAAUCAAAGAACGGCUCAGACAGUGCUGCUACAGAGAGCGACUCAUCAGAGGACACAGACUCUUCUCUGGCUGCAGCUCUGACCAAAAACCUCAGUCUGUUCAAGUUCCUGAGGUUCCUGAAUCCUGGCAGCAGCUACGAGCAGGUGGCUCCCAGUGUCAGUCAGCAGAAAGAGCUGGAAGCCUGUCAGCCUGAAGAGACAACUGCAGCCUCCAGCACCUGCACGGCACAGGAAGUCUUUGGAAAAAGUGGAGCUGAAGGUCUUGAGGGCAGUCAGGUUGAAUAUCCGGCAGAUGAAGAAACAAGCAGUUCCAGUAGAUCAGUAGAGUCAGGACCAGCAGAGACAGAGAAGAUGAUGAGUGAAGAGCAGUUGGCCUGUUCAAGGCUUUUGGAGUGGUUGAACCCAGAACCUCUGAACCCUGUUCCAGACGCAGCAGAAGACCUGGUUGUUCCCAGCGAUCCCAGGAGGAGUGGGAUCGUGGUGCACUCUGCCCUCCCAGUGGAGCCGUGCACCAGCGUGGAUGACGCCCCCAUCACAGAUAGUCUCCGCUGGGUGUUACGGAGGAAGUCGUUCUGCGCUCUGUCUCCGGCUGAUCGUCACAGCUGGCCAGCCGUGGCUCGAGGAUGCAACACCAUCGUUGUCUCCCAGAAUGCUGACCAGCCGCUCAGCUACCUGGCCCCGCUGCUCACCCACAUCCUGCUCAACUCCAUCUUCACCUCCCUCACCUCCAGCGCAGGGCCCGUAGCGGUGGUGCUGUGUCCCGGCUGGGAGAAGGUCCAGACGGUUUAUGACCUGCUGGAGGACAGCAAGGUGUCCCAGACCCUCCACCCGGUCACCGUGCUGCUGGGCGCCGGCAAAGACGAGGCCAAGUCCAUCAGGAUCCCAAAAAACUGCCUGCUGUUAGUGACCACUCCUUUCAGUCUGGUCCGUCUGCUGUCCUGCCACUGCUUCCUGUUCCUGCGUCUGUAUCACCUGAUUCUGGACGAGGCCGACCGACUCUUUAAUCUUGCUCCAGACCAGAUGGCGACCAUAUUGCAGCAUUUUCAGAAAGUGACCUCCAGUGAGGAGAAGGCCUCCUGUCCUCAGCAGCUGGUUGCAGUGGCCAAGCGAUGGACCAGUCACAUGGAGAGUUUGUUAGCCAAUCACAUGCCUUACCCUUGCAUUGUCAUGACAGUCCCAGAGGAAGCUGCUCUCUAUGGCGACGUUCAGCAGAUCAUCCUCAUGACUCUAGAGAAUAAUAAGAUCUCAGUACUAUUGGGCGCGUUAGAUUUCAACCCUGACGUCGGCCAGAAGACUGUAAUCGUAACCAACUCUGCUGAGGAGGUGGAAGACGUAUUCAAGGCUGUUAGCAACAAAUCAGCAUUCUGCCUCAAGACCCACGAGGGGUUAACACACCAGUUUGACUUUGUGGUCCAGCAGUGGAGGAAAGACAUCGGACCUGGCACUCAUGUUAUUCUGGUGACCACCAAUGAGUGUCUGAGGUGUUUGGGGAUCAGAGAUGCGACUUGCGUCGUCCACUACGGUUUCCCCACGUCACCCAAACUGUUCGGCAGCCGACUCUUCUGCAUGGCCGAGAACUUCCGAAACCUCUCAGAACGAGUUUCCUCCCAGGAUCAAACAGAGAGUCGCCCUCAUGUCACCAGAUCGGUGCUUCUGAUCUCAGAGAGGAAUGCCCGCCAUGUAGUCGGGGUUCUGCGGUACCUGGGACGAACCAACGCCCUGCUGCCCCCUGAGCUGCUGUCCUUCGCUCAGGGCGUCCAUGUGGCCCGAGAGGACCAGAAGACCAACAGGCCUCUCUGCAGCUACCUGAAGAGCUUUGGAGUCUGCAGAGACAGCAGUGUGUGUCCCAACCGUCACAGGUUCAUGUCCGUGCUGGAUCAGUCUGUCCUCCCUGCCUCUGGAGUCAUAGAAGUUGUUCCUCUCUACAUCAAGACCGCGUCAGUCUUUUACGGUCGUAUCGUCAGGAAGGAGGACGGCGGGUAUGACAGCAUGGCGUCUGAGAUGGCUUCUUACUAUGCCGGCAAAAAACCUGGAGCCAAGAAAGUGCUGGAGGGAGGUUUAUACGCCGUGCAGGAGGGCGACGUCUUCCAUAGGGUGAAGGUCCUGUGUGUCCCCGAAAUAGGCGAUCGGCUCUUUUUCAGCGUCUUCGUUCGGUUUAUUGACAUCGGAAAGGAGGAGGAGGUCAAAUCCCAUCAGAUCCUGCAGCUGCCGGAGGAGUUUCACUCUUUGCCCGACCAGGCUGUAGAGAUCAUCGUCUGCAGAGUCAAACCAGUCGACGCAGAGAUCGACUGGCACCCCAAGGUUACCAGAGCUGUCAGCCAGAAGAUCCGAGGUCUGCAGCACAGAGCCAGAGUAGUUCUCAGUCUUGGAAACACAGUUUUCGUCGAUCCCAUGGUCCGGGUGACACAGGUGCCAGGUAUGAAAACUGUCAUCAAUGAAUACAACGUGCAGUCUGAGAUUUUGAGCACGGGGAUGGGAGUAGGAAACCAGGAACAUCUGGACCUGCUGAGGGUUCUGUGUCAGGAAGGUGUGGCCAGCUGCAGUAAGGAGGCCGGACACAUUUCUGGGUUGGGGGACGGUUCAGCGUCUCUGGAGGUCAGGAUCAAAGCUGAGGAGGAAGUUCUGGCCGAAGCCUUCAGAGCAGCCGAGGUCAAGAAGCUCGCCGUUCCAGAUUCUCCUCACCUCAUGACAUAUGAGCCGGUAUCAUUACUGAACCAGUUCCUGGUCCCAGCACCACCAGCACCUGAAGUCCAAACGGUCUCAGUUUAUGAUCAGAAAUCCCCGUCAGAUAUCCAGACUGCUGAUCUGGGGUCAGCUGUGCAGAUGAUGAGUUCUGGAGACGGAGGUGAACUUUGUCCCACAACAAGCCUCAACUGCUGCCAAGAUGGUGUCUCUGCAUGUGAUGAUCAAACCAACAGUCAGCAGCUUAUCAGCAGUAAUGGCUCAGAGUGUGACGACUCUGCAAAAAGUUUCCACCCUCAGGUCCGCUGGUACCAGACGUCCGACUCGGUGAUUGUAACGGUGAAGCUGACGAACCCGGAGAGUCAGCACUGUGAUUUCUACCCUGACAGAGUCGUUUACAGAGGCAGAGUGAACGGUCGAACCUACAGAGCCGACCUCCAGCUUCAGGCAAACGUCACCGCUGACCGCUGCUGCUGGGAAAUGAAGUCCAACGAGCCAGUCCUCAAACUGGUCAAACAACAGCAGGGAUACUGGGAGAGACUCCUUAGGAACAAGAAUAUUUUUGUGAGUUACGACAUGGACCACUUUGAAGAGGAUGAAGACCAAAGAGCACCAAAUGGUCUGUGGUUUUUGGCGAACACAGGAGAAGAUAACUGGUAUGUGAACUCAGAGACCGGCAGUGACAGUGACUGAGGAUUAAAGACAAACAAGAGUCUAGGGAUAGAGGAUGUUGUAUGCUGUGAUUUUGGGCUAUAUAAAUAAAACUGAUGUUUUUUUUCAGUCA